AUGUCUUCUGAAGAAAGUCGUCACUCCUCCGAAGGAAAGAUUAACGUCAGGUUCGGAUCAGGCUCGGCCAGGACGGUUAAACCCUUUUUUCGCAGAGGAACUGGUUCUGUGAGUGGAGGAAUCAGCGGAUCAGCUUUAUCUCCUUACCCGGACAGUGACAGUGACAUUGUUGAGCACGAUCCGUCAGAGAUAAUCGCAGAGCAAAACAGUGAUCCUAGCCGGUCCAUCCUAACCAGUGGUUUCUCAGAAUAUACCAGUGAAGGAGGUCCAACAUCUGCUGGUUCUGCUGGUGAUUUAGGGGAGGAGGUCUUUGAGCUGGUUACAAAUUCAGAGGAAGAGUUGCAGAAACUUCUUGAGGGAUCAGAAUUUGGUGAAGGAGAGCGCUCUUCAGAGGUGCACUCUGCUGAUGAUGAAGUUAAAGAUGAGAUCAAAAACCUAGGUGCUACCCUCGUCAGAACGUUAACACCCAAGGAGUUGCCAGUAUUCGUCAGGACGGAGGGUGAGUCAAGUGAUAACGACUCUAUGGUAGAAUACUCUGAUGUGGAGGAGGAUUCUUAUCGGCCCAGUUUAAUUCGGCAGUCAUCACUGGGGGAUUUUUUGGGUGGAUCUCCUACGAAGAGCGAUUCAGGUUCAGGAAGUUUGGUAGAUCACGAGUCAGUGGACUCAAUGAUUGUUCAGUCGGACGUUGAGUCUGAUUUAGGAAUGAACUCGUAUAAAGUUCCUAUCGAGAUGACGUUUGACAGAUCCUCUAGUUCAUCCUCUAGUUCAUCCUCAUCGUCAAGUUCGUCAGAUCUUGACAGUGAUGACUCAAUGAUAGUUAACUCUGACAUCGAUGUUGAGGUGACUGCCUCCUCAGACUCGUACAAAAUUAUCAAACCAAUCAUUCAGAAACCCAGACUUCCUAGGAUCAGCAGCGAAGAUGAUGAUGACUCCAUGGUAGAGCACGAUAAUAUUGAAAUCAGUGUGAGAACUCAGUCAUAUAAAAAGAAAUCUGUCUCCUUUAUGAGCUCCGAAUCUGAUGCCACAAGUCAGGACAGUAUGAUCGAACAUGAUUCAGUUGAAAACCAUUCAGAAAACUCUGAGGAUCCAGAUCAACUGAAAUAUUAUUAUGAUGACUCUAAGUCUCCAGUUGCUGUUUUUAUCCUAUCCCCGACCCCAAGUCAUAUUACCCUCUCUAGUCAGACUGAACCCGAUAUCCAGUUAUCGGGGGAAAUAGAUCAUGAUCGUUCAGAACACUCAGAUGACUUCGAAACUGAAGUGAGUAUUGCUACUGAGUCAGUUACAUCAUCAUCACGCUCUCGUGCUUCAUUUGAGCUCCCCGUGUCAGAUAAAACGUCCUCUACAUCAAAAAGUUCUUCGUCAUUCGAGUUCAAGAAUACUCGCCCAUGA